CUCGAAGCAGCCACUUAUGCAAUGAAAGUAAUACGUGCGCUUCGACGAAUUUGGACAUCUUUCUUCAUCACCAUACUUUCCAUUUCCGUUUUUAUCUUAUCCAAAACUUUAAUUUGUUCUGCUCGGUGGGACCUCCGUAGAAUAGCGACUGUUCAAUUCAUGAAACCACCAUUUUUAUUCAUUGCUGCAUCAUUCUUGGAAAAAAAAAAAGGUCUUGAAUCUUGAUGAUCCAAGCUGCUUGUCCAUCUUAUUGUGGUAGUGCAAUUUGAAGCUGUUCCUACAUUCGGCAAGGUAAUUUAAGUUUUGGAGAUACUGCUUCGGUAAAAUCGACCAGUUGCUUUGUGAAAUCUGCUGUGUUUAAUUGGCGUACCCUCUCAGUUGAUAUCUGAUAUAUAAACACCGUGAAACAGACUGUGACUAGAGAUGGGAAGUUGCAAUGAAGGGAAGUUGAGGUUCUGCAUUGACAGAGGUGGUACAUUCACAGAUGUCUAUGCUGAAAUCCCUGGUCAGCCCAAUGGUAGGGUUUUAAAACUUUUAUCUGUUGAUCCUGACAACUAUGAUGAUGCACCAGUGGAAGGAAUUAGGAGGAUUCUUGAAGAAUAUACUGGAGAAAUAAUUCCUCGAAAUUCAAAAAUACCAACAGAUAAAAUCGAGUGGAUUCGGAUGGGUACUACUGUGGCAACAAAUGCACUUUUGGAGAGAAAAGGAGAAAGAAUUGCGUUGUGUGUCACUCAAGGAUUCCGUGACUUGCUUUACAUUGGUAACCAGGCUCGCCCCAACAUUUUUGACCUCACAGUGACAAAACCAUCAAAUCUCUAUGAGGAAGUGAUAGAGGUAGAUGAACGAAUUGAGCUUGUUCAUGAUAAAGAGGAAAAAAGAGAGAGCUCUUCUUCAAGCUUAGUUAAGGGAAUAUCUGGUGAUCUUGUCAGAAUUGUGAAGCCUCCCAAUGAAGAAGCACUGAUGCCUUUGCUGACAAGCUUGCUGGAGAAAGGGAUCAAUUGUCUGGCUGUUGUGUUGAUGCAUUCCUACACUUACCCACAGCAUGAAUUGAUUGUGGGCAAAUUGGCUGAAAAAUUGGGUUUCAAGCAUGUUUCAUUAUCAGCAGCUUUGACUCCCAUGAUUCGAGCAGUUCCUCGGGGUCUAACAGCUACAGUGGAUGCCUAUUUGAGUCCAGUUAUUAAAGAUUAUUUGUCUGGGUUCAUGUCAAAGUUUGAUGAGACUUGUGGAAAGGUGAAUGUUCUGUUUAUGCAAUCAGAUGGAGGGCUUGCACCAGAAAGUCGAUUUUCAGGCCAUAAAGCAGUUCUGUCUGGUCCUGCUGGUGGUGUUGUUGGUUACUCUCAAACUCUUUUUGGGCUUGAAACAAGCAAGCCCUUGAUAGGCUUUGAUAUGGGUGGUACAUCUACGGAUGUGAGCCGCUAUGCUGGACAAUAUGAACAAGUCCUUGAAACUAAGAUUGCAGGUGCCAUAAUUCAAGCACCACAACUUGACAUAAACACUGUUGCUGCUGGCGGUGGUUCAAAAUUGAAGUUCUUGUUUGGAACUUUCAGGGUAGGGCCAGAAUCAGUUGGUGCUCAACCUGGGCCUGUGUGUUAUAGAAAAGGUGGUGAAUUAUCAGUUACUGAUGCCAAUCUGAUUUUAGGAUAUAUUAUUCCGGACUAUUUUCCAUGCAUUUUUGGUCCUAAUGAAGAUCAGCCUCUAGACAUUAAUGCAACCAGGGAAGAAUUUCAGAAGCUUGCUAGGCAGAUAAAUUCAUAUGGAAAGAAUCAAGAUCCAUCUGCAAAAGAUAUGACUAUAGAAGAAAUUGCACAAGGUUUUGUGGAUGUUGCUAAUGAAACCAUGUGCCGUCCAAUACGGCAAUUGACUGAGAUGAAAGGCCAUGAGACAAGGAACCAUGCCCUUGCUUGCUUUGGUGGUGCUGGGCCUCAGCAUGCUUGUGCUAUUGCUAGAGCAUUGGGCAUGAAAGAGAUUCUGAUUCAUAAGUUCUGUGGAAUCUUAAGUGCAUACGGGAUGGGAUUGGCAAAUGUUGUGGAAGAGGCACAAGAGCCAUAUUCUGCUGUAUAUGGUGUUGAGUCGCUCUUAGAGGUGUCCCAAAGAGAAUCUGUGUUAAUAAAUCAGGUAAAGCAGAAGUUGCAACAGCAAGGAUUCAAAGAUGAAAACAUUGUGACUGAGACAUAUUUGAAUUUAAGGUAUGAAGGCACAGACACCUCAAUCAUGGUAAAACAAGCAGUUGAAGGUGGAAAUGCGACCGACUAUGCUUCUGAGUUUUUAAAGCUGUUUCGACGCGAAUAUGGAUUUAAUCUACAGAACAGGAACAUCCUGAUCUCUGAUAUUAGAGUCCAUGGUGUAGGAGUAACCGACAUAUUGAAGCCACAGGCCUUAGGACCUGCCUCUGGAAGUCCUACAGGUGAAGGUCAUUAUCAGGUUUUCUUUGGACUGGGCUGGCACAAGACUCCUCUAUACAAACUCAACAAUCUGGGAUAUGGUCAUGUCAUUCACGGCCCUGCAAUCAUUAUGAACGGAAACAGUACCGUGAUAGUAGAACCAAACUGGAGAGCUACAAUUACCAAAUAUGGCAACAUCAAAGUUGAAAUUGACUCUUCUCUUGGCAACGUCAAAGUAGCAGACAAGGUUGCAGAUGUUGUACAACUUUCAAUUUUCAGCCACAGAUUUAUGGGAAUAGCUGAGCAGAUGGGAAGAACCUUACAAAGAACUUCUAUAUCUACAAAUAUAAAGGAACGGCUAGACUUCUCUUGCGCUCUCUUUGGUCCUGAUGGAGGGCUAGUUGCCAAUGCCCCUCACAUUCCUGCGCACUUGGGAGCUAUGUCUACCACUGUUCGUUGGCAUUUUAAGUACUGGGGCAACAAUUUGAAUGAAGGAGAUGUUUUGUUAACGAACCAUCCUAGUGCAGGAGGUAGCCACCUUCCUGAUAUGACUGUGAUCACACCUGUUUUUCAUAAAGGCAAGCUCAUUUUCUUUGUGGCAAACAGAGGGCAUCAUGCAGAGAUUGGUGGUAUUACUCCUGGAAGCAUGCCUCCUUUGUCAAAAUUCAUAUGGGAAGAAGGGGCCACUAUAAAAGCAUUCAAACUUGUUGAAAAAGGAGUGUUUCAAGAAGAAGGAAUUGUUAAAUUACUCAAAUUUCCUUCUGCAGAUGAAGCACCAUGUAAGAUCCCUGGAACACGUAGAAUUGAAGAUAAUUUAUCUGAUCUUCGAGCGCAGAUAGCAGCAAACCAAAGAGGAAUAAACCUUAUUGGUGAGUUGAUUGAGCAGUAUGGUUUGGAGACUGUUCAGGAUUACAUGAAAUAUGUGCAACUCAAUGCAGAAGAGGCUGUCAGAGAAAUGCUCAAGUCAAUUGGCCCAAAGAUUAGAUCUCAGACAGCUGGUCUGGGCAAUGGAAAUACUAUAACAGUUGAAGAAGAGGACUGCAUGGAUGAUGGCUCUGUCAUUCACUUGAAACUCACCGUAGAUUCUGAUAAAGGAGAAGCAAUUUUUGACUUUAGUGGGACAAGUGAAGAAGUCUAUGGCAAUUGGAAUGUCCCAGAAGCGGUGGCAGCUGCAGCUGUAAUAUAUAGCCUUCGUUGUCUGGUUGAUGUCGAUAUUCCUCUCAACCAAGGUUGUCUGUCUCCUGUAAAGAUUCACAUCCCUGCAGGUUCCUUCCUCUCUCCCAGUGACAAGGCUGCAGUAGUUGCCGGUAACGUUCUCACAUCUCAAAGGAUAACUGAUGUCAUUCUAACAGCAUUUCAAGCCUGUGCUUGUUCACAGGGUUGCAUGAAUAAUCUCACUUUUGGGGAUGACACAUUUGGUUACUAUGAAACCAUUGGUGGUGGAGCUGGGGCUGGUCCAACCUGGGAUGGGCCCAGUGGUGUUCAGGUUCACAUGACCAACACUCAGAUUACUGAUUUGGAGAUUCUUGAGCAGAGAUAUGCUGUGGUUCUGCAUAAAUUUGGAAUCAGAGAGAAUAGUGGGGGAGAUGGACUUCAUAAAGGAGGUAAUGGGAUUGUGAGAGAGAUGGAGUUCAAGCGUCCAGUUACACUGAGCAUUCUUUCAGAGAGACGCGUUCAUGCUCCAAAAGGACUUAAAGGAGGCAAAAAUGGUGCUCGUGGGGCCAACUUUCUUAUCAGGAAAGAUAAGAGGAAAAUCUAUCUCGGAGGUAAGAACACAGUGCAAUUGCAGGCGGGAGACAUCAUUCAAAUUUUAACUCCUGGUGGUGGUGGAUGGGGUUCUUCCAUGUGAUUUCUGUUUGUGUUUGUGAGAUCUUUGUGUAUUAUUUGAUUCAUGUUACAUUAUUCUAGGCGUUAUUUAAACAUUUGAGUGUUUGAAUCAAUUUUAUCAGAAGGAAUAUAACGCUUGUAGUUUUAUCUAAUAA